UCAGUGGGCACCACUGAGAAAAGAGUCUGUUUCCUUCUUUAUGUUCCCCAGUCAGAUAUUUAUGUGCGUUCAUGAGAGCUGUCUCCACUCUGUGUACAACAGGCCCAGCUUUCUCAGCCACGUGAGAGAUGCUUCAGUACCUUCCUCAUCUUUGUGGCCCUGUGCUGAACGUGCUCUAUGUAUUUCUUGUAUUGGGGAGCCCCAGACUGGUGCCAGUGCUCCAGAUGUGGCCUCACUGGUGCUGAGUAGAGGGGAAGGAUCGCCUCCUUUGACCUGCUGGCAAUGCUCUUCAUAAUGCUGUCUAGAAGAUCAUCUGUGUUUUCUUUGCAAUUCAGGAACAGAAAAGCGAUGGCUUUGAGAAUGGUUGGUGUGCCCUGUCAGUCCGAGGUGACCGGCUGAUGUCUGAACACCUGGUCUUUCUCUCUGCUGGUCAUAUCCCAAAAUGGGGAGGAUCAGCAUCUCAUGUUUGCUUCCUGCUUCUUGGCACUUCAGCAUCUCCCCGGUGGGAUGUCCACGUAUUCUCAACACCACUUUGCGACAGAUCGUUGUGAUAGGAAUAUUUGCUGCUGCUGUCUCUUUGCUUUACUACUCUCUGGUAGUCAUCCGCAAUAAGUAUGGGCGUGCAUACAGGGACAAAAGAUACCACAGAUAUCUUGCCCGCGUAACUGACACUGAAGCUACGGACACAAACAACCCCAAUCUGAACUAUGGAAUCGUUGUGGACUGUGGCAGCAGCGGCUCUAGGAUUUUUGUGUAUUGUUGGCCAAGGCACAAUGGUAAUCCGCAUGAUCUGUUGGACAUCAAACAGAUGAGGGACAAAAACAGAAAACCAGUGGUUAUGAAAAUUAAACCAGGCAUUUCGGAGUUUGCCAGCUCUCCUGAAAAGGUCAGCGAUUAUAUUUCUCCACUUCUGAGCUUUGCUGCUGAACAUGUGCCACGUGCAAAACACAAAGAGACUCCUCUUUACAUUCUGUGUACUGCAGGAAUGAGGAUUCUGCCAGAAAGCCAGCAGAAGGCAAUACUUGAAGAUCUGCUCACUGAUAUUCCUGUGCAUUUUGAUUUUCUGUUUUCGGACUCGCAUGCAGAGGUUAUUUCAGGGAAGCAGGAAGGAGUUUAUGCAUGGAUUGGCAUCAACUUUGUUCUUGGAAGAUUUGAACAUACAGAUGAUGAGGAUGAAGCGAUUGUGGAGGUGCAUGUCCCAGGCAGUGAAAACAAAGAGGCCAUCUUCCGUAAGAGGACAGUGGGUAUUCUUGACAUGGGCGGAGUGUCGACUCAGAUAGCAUACGAAGUCCCUAAAACUUCCUGUUCUUCAUUACAUCACAUUUCAAAACUGAGGCAAGAGAAGAUGGCAAAUACAAGUCCUUCAUCAGAGGAAGUAGCCAAAAACUUACUUGCAGAAUUCAACCUGGGCUGUGAUGCUCAUCAAACUGAGCACGUGUACAGAGUCUACGUUGCAACAUUCCUUGGCUUUGGGGGAAAUGCAGCACGGCAGAGAUAUGAAGACAGUCUGUUUACCAGUACAGUGCUUAAAAACAGACUGCUGGGCAAACAGACUGGUAUGACUUCUGAUUCACCCUACCUAGAUCCUUGCCUGCCCCUGGAUGCUCAGGAUGAGAUCCAGCAGAAUGGACAGAUAAUGUAUUUGCGGGGAACAGGAGAUUUUAAUCUGUGUCGUGAAAUUAUUCAACCGUUCAUGAAUAAGACUAAUGAAACGCAGACAUCUCUUAACGGUGUCUAUCAGCCUGCUGUGCACUUCCAGAACAGUGAAUUCUAUGGUUUCUCAGAGUUCUACUACUGCACCGAGGAUGUGUUACGCAUGGGAGGAGAUUACAAUGCUGCUAAAUUUACUAAAGCCGCAAAGGAUUAUUGUGCCACUAAGUGGUCUGUCCUACGGGAACAUUUUGACCGUGGUCUUUAUGCAUCACAUGCUGAUCUCCACAGAUUGAAGUACCAGUGUUUCAAGUCUGCCUGGAUGUAUGAAGUAUUUCACAGUGGCUUCUCUUUUCCUGUGAGUUACAGCAAUUUGAAAACAGCUCUGCAGGUUUAUGAUAAAGAGGUGCAGUGGACCUUGGGAGCCAUUCUUUACCGAACACGGUUUUUACCUUUAAGAGACAUCCAGCAAGAAAACUUCCGUGGCAGUCACUCCCACUGGAGGAGCUUCUCCUUUGUUUACAAUCACUAUUUGUUUUUUGUCUGUUUUCUGAUUGUGCUGCUCUCCAUCCUGCUUUACCUGCUAAGGCUCAGACGGAUCCACAGGCGAAUGUUGCGUAAUGGCUCGUCUACUUCCCUAUGGAUUGAGGAAGGCCUCCCACCACAGAAGAUUGCAGGACCCUUAUGAGAUGCUGUGAUGGAGAGCUUUUAUUGGACUUGCUACUCAAAAAGCCAUUUUUGCCUCAGGGUUCCUCCUUUUUGUCCCUUUAAACCAUUGAAGAAGCAGAUUGCCUGGAGUGUGUAAUGCAGCUAGGCUUUGGGAAAAUGGGGUCAACUUGGCUUAGUCUCAUUAGACAAUAUCUGCCAAAAAUUACUUUUUUUUUUUUAAUAUUGCACUUUGUGUAAUGGGACGGGCAAAGACUCGUCAGUAAAUGAGCAGCAGCAGCUUAAGCUAUGUAUGGUAAGAGAAUGAGUGUGAAUUCUCAUCCUUUGGGUGAGAUUGUAAAAUCCUGUUAGCUAGAAUGAAUGAGGACUGUUUUUAUUUUCUUUUCCAGAUUCCAGGACUGAUAUUAAUUGACUUCUCAAUUCUGAGUCUCCUCAGUCAAAGAAAAGGAAGUGCAGGGUUUUCAAAAGCAUAGGUGUGAAUAUGCUGGAAAACUGGAUGCUGUUUUCAGUGUUGGAGAACUAGACAUCUUGAUACCAUUUUUGUCAUGCUUCAGGAUGGACAAACGCUGGCUGUGCACAGUGAAGUAAUGUGUGUUGUGGCCCCCAGAGCUUAAGAAGGUUUUGGUAGAACAAGCUGCAGCUAGGAAGCUUGGUGGAUACAAUAGGGUCAGGUACCAGCAUUGGGAUAAUGGAGACCGAGUGGGCCUGUGCUUACAUAAAGCAUGGUGUGUCUGCCUUAGGGUUUCCACACUCAUUUUUGAAAGCACCACACUGGGGAAUGGAGAUACGAAGCAGGAGUGUUUGGAAUGUGAAGAAAGAUAAGAUGAGGAAUGGGGGUGAGAAAGUGAUCAGGAAAAUGGGGCAUGAAUGGGCAGGAAGCUUUCCAUGUACCAGUGACUGCUCUGCAGCGUACAGUGUCUCUUGAGUUUUUUCUUUGUUUUUAUUCUCCCCCAGGAUCCUAGGACUAUUGUCCUGCUUUUUCUAGAGAUUUGGUUCAGGAAGGGCAGAAUAAAGAGGGCCCAAUACACAAUUUCCUCCUGUAUUGGUAAAAAGAUACUGCCAGCAGAGCAGCUACUGUUCAUUAAAAAUCUAAGCAGUGCAUGGAAAACCAGAUUCAAACAAGUGUAAGGCCUAGAAACUUAACCAAGCUUUUUCCAUUCAUGCAAGGUGGUGCUGAGAGCCCUGGUUUAUAUUUCUGUUCUCCCCCUCAUUCAGAUAUCAGGUGGCAAACUGCUUGAUAAGGUGAGCAGGUGUCAAGGUGCCUCAGAGUGAGGUGGGGGGGAAUGCUCUUCAAAACUAAAACCAGCUGGCUCUUAUCUGCUUGGGGACUUGCAGGCUUCUUUAGGGUCUUUAAGAGAUCUCAUUAGGUGCUCCCUGUGGAUGAGAAGGGUCAAUUUGUCAUGGCAAUGCCAGUCACUGAGCUUCACUUUCACAGCCUAGGUUGGUUUUUGGUGUUUGUUUUUUUUUUUUUCUUCCAAUAAACCAUUUCCCCCAGUUGCUUCUUGGAUUUGUAUUUCUUUGUGCAGGUUUUCUGCUGCAUUAUGUCUUUAUUGUUGUAAAGCUAACUGAAAGAGUGGAGGGGAAUGGGCCGAGUUUCUUUAAACCCUGACUCUUAGCCGUUCCAUCCAUGACCAAUAUGUCGCACACCCUGGUAGCGGUACGGUGAGCUUCAGGGAGCUGAGUCUGCUGUGCAAAAGCAGCACUGGGACCCUAUUUACUUCCAGCAAGCUGGGAAUUAAGCCCCUUGAUAUCUCACAGGUUUAGGGGGCAGGGAGAGGUAGCUGAAUUAAUUGUCCUAAAGGUGCACAGGAGAAAGCAAUCAUACUCAUUAGAAGCAAGAGCCUAUAAGGGCUGAGAGAGCAUAGGACUAGGGAAAAACAGAUGGUGCUGUGCUCUUGCCUUGUCCUCUUUGGCAACAUUUCUGCUUAUCUGAGGUAUUCUAGCUUCAAAGUGAAGUUUUUGGUCCUGUUGAAGAAGAGAUGGGAUUGCGUUUUCAUUGUUGUGGAACCAUGGGGAAGGUGCAGUAAAAGUGGGGUAGGGUACUACGGAGGGGAACAAAGCGUGCAGAGUGGUUUGUAGUAAGGAACUGAAAUGGAAAACCAAGCCUAAAACCGGUGGCUUUGGAUUGAUGUAGCAGCAGUUCUGGGGCAGAUUGCUGCUGUUUAGCGAAAAAUGAGUCUGUUGAGAGGAAUUUCAGCAGAUUCUUAGGCUGUGGAUCUAAAAGAUUGGUUGUCCUUGGGUCUGUACUUUUGGAAAGACUAGAGCACCAGCGACUUGGACCCCCCAGCUUUGCUUCUUUCAGGAGGUAGUUUUAAUUCUCUAACUGGGAUGCUCUUGGGGUUUGGGUAUGGAAGAGAGUAGGGCUUUGUCCUGGGAAAAUGUAUUUUAGAAGAAAGGACAUUAAAAACUAGCUUUGAGUACUAGCCUGACCGUCAGGGCAGUGUAGGGCAACAAAAAUGGUGCUGAGCUUGUUGCCCUGAUUGUGUAUGUACGUAUAGGCUUGUAGCUUGCUCAGAGAGUGUGUCUGUGCGAGGAAGCCACCGGAGCACCCUGCAGGUCACCCUGCUCCCAUAGCCUGGUGUGUCUUGCUGCUGGUGUGUCUGCGAGGCUGAUGGGAUGGCCUGGGGAACAGUCAGCUCCUCGUGGGCACCUCCUCUGGGGUGCUCAAAGUGCUGCUGAUUAAUGGGUAACAAGGCUUCGGCGGUCCAGCCCCUGGCGCAGGGGGGAGCUUGAGCCAUGCACCAUCCUGCUGCGUAACGCAGCGCGCCAUCUCAGCACACGGACUGCGCGAGGCCCUUCCGGCGAGGGCUCUGUGGGAGUUCACUGCGUGUUAAGGUUUGCUAUAUUGAGGCUGACAGGUAUGCGGGUGCCUUUAAUUGCUUUAAGAGCUUAAAGCCCAUAAGGCAUGGGGAGGAGGCACAGAUUUUCAAAAGUAAUCAGCCAAGUGCCAAAACUAAAUGCCUGGAUUUACAAGGCUGCUGUGCUUUUUUAGUGCUUGAACUAUCCUGUGGCAAGCGUGCGCAAAUUCAGUUCUUAGCUUCUUUGAAAAUCUGGCUGUAGUGUGCUAUUAAUUAGAAUUACAGUGUGUGCAUGAUGGUUUUUUUUGUUUUGUUUCAUUCCCACCCCCCUGUAGGGGUUUGCAGGAUGCACGAGGGGCUCUGGAAGAGGAGGAAGAACUUUGUGACAUCUCCUGAGGUGAAGUCUAAAACCAUAUCAUUUUUGCAGUUCUUUUUGCAGCUCCAGAUGAAGGGGCAGGGAAAAAAAAAAGGAAACCUUUCCAUCCUUCCCCUGGACAAGCCUGCUCCAAAGAGACUAUGUGAAACUAUGACACCAGGGGAAACAUGAUUCCUUUAAGAGACUUAGCAAUACCUGUUUUCACUCCAUGCCUGUUCCUGAGCUCAGAUUCCCAGGUCACAAUGGUUAAGGAGAGAAAUACAAGGAAGAUGUAUGCGCUGCUCUUGUUCAAACUGCCUGGGACUGAGAAGGAACAGCUGCUGUCAUGUGCAAGAACAGACAUCACCUCUGAGCCCCUGUGCCUGCCACAGAAACGUACCUGCUGUGAUGCAUCACACUGAGAGCUGGGAGACGUGGGCUAUCGCAGCUCUCCUAUGAGGCUGAUCUGCACUUCUCUUCAGGUGGGCCAGUUGUUGAAGAGUCUGCACUUCAGCAGAGAUAUUGUUUUGGGAUGGUUUUGUAGGGUAUUGAGGUCAACUGUGCCUUGGUGAGCUAAUAUGAAUAGCAAAACAGAAGUUAUGAGGCCUGCGGAUUUGAGGGGGUGACUGCAAAGCAUGGAAAAUGAAGUGGGUGAUGGAAACUUUGCUGGCUGCAGAAGAGCUGUGUCAUGCAAGGGCCCCUCCCUGAAUAGAAGGAACGCAAGUUUACAGUCCUUUCAACGGCAACUAGCAGUGCCUUUCUUUUGGUCUUAACCAGCUGCAAUAUGAAGGGGGCAGCAAAUUC